CUGCCGCAACCGACUGACCAGGCGGAGAGCUUCCUGAGCCAGCCUCCCAAUUUCCCGGACUGGCAAGAAAAGAGGGCGCUUUUUGCGAUCACACCUUUGCCGCCGCAAUUCUGCCUCCCCUUCUCCCCCAGGAGAUCUCAACUUCUAUUUCCCCACCUUCUUUCGCCUGAUUUCAGCUCCCAAUUGCGCAUUUCCUUCCAAUUGACAAACCACCUGCAGGCCGGAACGGCGCGCAAUCCAUCGCAUCGCAUCCCAUCGCAUCGCAUUGAGCCCAGCUGCAACUGACUCUCCCACGCCCAGUUGCCCAGUUCGGGGAUUCCUCUAAGUUAUUCCAUCCAUCCAAUUGCGCUCGCUCGCUUCCUUCCUUUCCCUCCCUCUCGAGAUCCGAACCGGACCGCGCUCCUGCAUAAUUGAUUAGUACGCCAGCUUGGGCGACACCGGAUUCCGACCCCGACUUUGCCCGCGAUAGCAUCCAUCAAAGCGGAGGAGGACUGCGCCGUCGCCGGUUGUGGUACAAUGGCUGACAGCUUCCACGACGAGAUGGUCGACGACACCCCGGCGACCGUGGGCGGCGGCUCCGCGGCCGACGUCGAGAUGGCCGAGGGCGGCGCUGCCGCUGCCUCUGGUGGUCGUGGUGGUAGUGGUGGUGGUGACGACGAGCAUGCCGCUGCCGCUGGCUCCGCGGAGCUGCCGUUCGCCGAGGGCGGGCCGGACGACCCGGCGGCUAGGCCGCGCGUCACCUUUGCGCAGUACCUGUCGACGCCCGUCGUGACGCUGCUGAUCGGGUCUGGCGAGAAGGAGACGAUCUUGACGGCGCAUCAGGGUUUGCUGGUGCAGAGCCCGUACUUUGCCGAGGCGUGCGCCGAGUUUGCGGAUGAUGGCAGCCCCCGCCAGAUCGAGCUGCCCGGCGAAGACCUCGACGCCAUGGGCUGCUUCCUCGAGUUCCUGUACACGGGCGACUACUUCCCCAAGAAGGUGCCCGGGCAGCGCGCGCUGGAGAAGGACCCCUCGAUCCCCGAAGUGGACAUGACGGGCGAUCAGCUCCUCAAGCACGCUAGGGUCUACACCCUUGCGGAGAAGUUCGGCCUCACCCACCUCAAGAACCUGGCGUCCAGCAAGAUCCACUGCGUCAACUCGACCGCCAAGGGCGAGAUCGCCUACGCCCGCUACGUCUACCAGUUCACCUCCAAAGACGACACGGCCAUCCGCGUGCCCGUCGCCAACUUCUGGGCCACGCGCUCGCACACCCUGCGCGCCGAGGCCGAGGACGAGUUCCGCGACCUGUGCUUGGAGUUCCCCCAGUUCGGCUACGACGUGCUCACCCGCGUCCUCGACGAGAAGCUCAAGCGCGAGCGCAACGAGAAGAUGCACCCCGGCGCCCCCGGCAGCGCGCGCAAGCGGCCGCGCCACAGCAGCACCGCUGCUCCUUGAAUGGGAAGAGAAAAAGGAUGAUGGCUCGGGGUGGGGCAAGCCGCGAAGGUCUCCAUCUCACACUCGGGCGUUCUGGAGAAGUGGAAUUCUUCUGGGUCCUGCCGGGAGGAGAACCCGCGGCUGCGGUUUUGGGGCCAUCCCACCAAAUGUACAAUGCGAUUUCUUCGGGUC